AUGUACGAUCCUUGGAAUAUUGCAGCUUCUGUGAUCCUCACCAUCGUCAUAUACAUCGUCCUCAACGCGCUGCAGCCUGUCCCGACGCGUCUGCCACCGGGUCCUGGAUCGAAUACCAACCCACGGGAGGCGCUCAAGCAGGCGGCAGAGAGCAAUAAAGGGGCAUGGACUGUGUUUAAUCAUUGGACCAGGGUUUAUGGUCCAGUAUUUGCGUUUUAUCUGGGAAGGACGCCUGUGAUUGUGCUCAACAGGGCCUAUGAUGCAUGGGACCUCCUCGAGAGGCGCGGUGACAUUUACUCCAGCCGACCAAGGCUGGUCAUGGCUCAUGAGAUACUGUCCGGCGGCAUGCGCGGUUUGAGCAUGCCCUACGGUACACAUUGGCGCAAAUGGCGCAAGAUCCAGCAUGCGGGUAUGGGGUCUCGAGCCGCGAGAGCAUAUCGCGAGCACCAGACAUUGGAGUCUACACUCGUCCUGUGCGACCUUGCGAAAGACCCGGGAAACUAUGCAAAGUCCAUUCAGCGAUUCGCGACGUCUGUGGUGCUCAGCAUCAGCUAUGGCCGCCGUGCGCAGAGCUUGGAAAGUGAAGUCGUGCAGGCAAAUUAUGAUGCCCUAUUAGACCUGCCUUGGCUGAAAUGUAACGCAGAGCAAGCACGGCUGGGAGGUACAUUGUUGAAUCGGCGAUGGCCUAUCCUACUCUGGCUCCCGCGCUUUCUUCAAUGGUUCCGCCCUCCCUUCGACCGUACCCGCGCGAGAGACACUGCGCUCUAUCUCUCCCUUCUUAGAUCCGCUCGUGCGCGCGCAGUUGUCGGCGAGGGAAAACCCUGCAUGGCUGCGAGUGCGGGAGAGACCAUACAACACGAGGGACUCGGAUUGAACGAAACCGAGGUAGCAUACGCGGUGUCGGCACCGUUUGGAGCAGGAAUUGAUACCACCGCUUCAAGUGUAGAAUACUUCUUGCUCGCGGCUUUGCGUCAUCCCAUGGCGACGAGAAAGGCUCAGGCUGAGAUAGAUCGUGCCGUCGGGCGCGCGCGACUCCCGACCUUCGCGGAUGCGGAUGCAGGAAAUCUGCCUUAUCUGACUGCAUUCAUCAAGGAGGUCGAGAGGUGGCGCCCUGUUGUACCGCUUGCUGUACCACACGCAUUGACGCGCGACGACGUGUAUGCAGGCUACGGGCUUCCGCGAGGUUCGACCGUAUUCGCGAAUAUUCACGCCAUGACACGUGACCCCAAGCUCUUCCCGAAGCCAGAGGUCUUCCACCCAGAGCGUUUUUUGCCCACUCUCGUGCCUUACGCUGGCGAUGGUGGAGUCGGAAAGGAGAAAAACGCGAUGAGAGAAUACUUGGACCCUCAUUUGAAGGACUUCACACUGCCGUUCGGAUUUGGGCGUCGGAUGUGCCCUGGCAUGCACGUCGCAUCGCAGUCGAUGUUCAUCCUCGCAGCACGCAUCUUGUGGACCUUUGACAUUCUCCCACACCCAGACGAUGCAGCGAAUCCAAAUAUUCUGGAGAGGACGAGCGCGCUGGACGAUGAGAUCAGUCUUGGCCUCGUGCGUGCGCCGGCGCCAUUCCGGUUUGAACUGCGCGUGCGACACCCGGACGCGCUGAAGAUGGUGGAGGCCGAAGCGGCCGAAGCUGAGCUGCGUUUGAUGGAAUGGGAUUGA